AUGACCACUAACCUGAGCUUCUUCUCUCUCAAGCCCACAAAGGCUCGAGCUUUAUUAUUCCCCAAUAACUCUUCUUCUCUCUCCCCCUACACACCAAAACCCUUGUUUCGCAAAACCCAUUUUGCCUCUUCAUAUUCCCGAUUGGGAGCCAAGAAGCGUAAGAACACUCUGUUUUGUAAUUGCAGCACAGUUCCUUUUGUCUCCCCAAAUGCAACCCAUUACGAGUUUGUUGAUGAUUCAUCUGAGGUAGAGUUGAGAUUGGAACUCGGGGAGGAAAGCAUAACUCCAGGGGACAUCCUUGUGGAUGCUAGUGACAACACUUUAUUGAUUAAAGUGAGAAAAUCGGGAAAUUUACAGACUCUCUUAGAUACAAAUAGUCUCUUUGGGGUGAUAAAGCCUUCCGAAACAAUAUGGUACAUAGAUGAUGCCCAACUUGUAGUUAACUUGAAGAAGCUAGAUCCGGAACUAAAAUGGCCUGAUAUAGUGGAAUCUUGGGAGUCCUUAACGACAGGGCUCGUUCAACUAUUGAAAGGGACUUCUGUAUUUUUAGUUGGGGAGUCAACAGAAAUAAACCAGAAGGUGGCUCGAGAAUUAGCUGUUGGUCUUGGUUACACUCCACUCAGCACGAAAGAGCUACUCGAAUCGUAUAUCAAGCAAACUAUUGAUACAUGGGUGAGGGAAGAAAGCUCUGAUACAGUUGCAGAAGCAGAAUAUGCUGUAUUGGAGAGUCUUAGUAGCCAAGCGAGAACAGUUGUAGCUACGUUGGGAGGCAAACAUGGUGCAGCUGUUAGGCCAAAUAAGUGGCAACAUCUUUUUUCUGGAUUUACAGUUUGGCUGUCACAAUCCGAAGCUAAAGAUGAAGGGUCAGCAAAAGAAGAGGCGAAGAAAAACAUGGAAGAUGGCAAUGAGGGUUAUAGUAAUGCCGAGGUAGUGGUGAAGCUUGCUGGGUGGGACCCGACUUAUUCCAAAGCCGUGGCUCAAGCUUCUCUCAGUGCUCUCAAGCGCUUGGUUUUGUCCGAUAAAAAACUUACAGGUAGAAAAAGUUUGUAUGUAAGAAUGGGAUGCAGAGGGGAUUGGCCAGAUAUCAAACCACCUGGCUGGGAUCCAUCUUCCUCUGGGGCCGGUGCACCUACACCAUCAUAA